UAUAUUUUCAUCGGAGGAAGGGGACUAAUUAGGGCAAGCAAAAGCCGUCAUCAUUAGCUAAUAGGCCAGGAACGUGCAUACGCUACUACGGAUCUUGUCCAUCCAUGGCGGCGAUCCGGCACGCCGGCGGUGCUCUCCUCCGCCGAGUUCCGGCGGCUAGUCUCUGGAGAUCUGCCGUCGAUGGGCAACGGCCAGCUCUCCGGUUGCUGCAGCAGUACCCGCGAGGGCUCCACCGGCCUGCAGCCGCCAGAGCGGCGUUCUCGACGGCCAGUACUCAAGGCGAUAUCUCGUCAUCCGAGCCUAACAGCUGCAUCAAGGAGUCUGAGGAGGACAAGAAGAACAGGAGGAGGAUGGCCGCGAAGAUGCUGAUGAAGUCACAUGUCACCGACGACCGCGAGUCGGAGAUGAGGAGUAUCAACGAGCUGUUCGCCUUGCUAGAUCCUUCCAAUGAGUACAGCUACAGCGAGUUAACAGAACUGCAGGAUCGACGGGGCCUCUUUGAGAAAAAGAAGAAUGAACUGUUGAUAGCGCUGCUCAGCGGUGACGCACAGCAGGAGAAGGAGAAGAUGGCGGAGCUUGUAGCUGCGGGUCGCUUGCUCCGGGAUGCUGUGUCAGGACGUUAUCAGCUCCAUGGCCAGCGCAGGGACGCACUGAACCUCGAGGAGGACGUGUCAGAAAUCAAACGAGAUUUGAAGAAGAUGAUGGAUGGCCAGGGGAAGUCGGUGUUCGAGGAGCCAGGGGCAGCUGAUAGUAGAGCGCUUCUGGCGAGGGUGCUGGCAGACAACAGAGAUAUCCUUCAGAUUCUCGAUAGCUUAAAGGAGUCUGUGGCAAAUAACAAAACGAUGUUGGAGAGCUUUAAGGGGCAGCAGGAGGAACUAAAGGAGUCCGUUGAUAACCUAGAUAGCUCUGUGGAUACGCUUGACGACUCGGUAAGAGACGCCAUGAAGGAAAUGAAAGAGCGCAUUGGGACAGUCAAAGAGUUGGUGAAAGAGGCCCUAGAAGAGAGUGUGGAAGAGACGCUCAAGGAGACCAUAGAAGAGGCGGUGAAAGAGACCAUAGAGAGCACGGAAGAGAUGCUGAAGGAGACCAUAAAAGAGACGGUGAAAGAGGCCAUAAAUGAGACAGUGAAAGAGACUGUAGAGAAUGUGGAAGAGACACUGAAAGAGACCAUAGAAGAGGCGGUGAAAGAGACCAUAGAGAGUACCCUGGAAGAGUCCGUGAAAGAGACCAUAGAGAGUACAGUGGCAGAUUCGAUGAGAGAUGCCAUAGAGAGUACAAUGGAAGAGACCGUGAAAGAGGCCAUAGAGAGUACGGUGGAAGAGUCCAUAGAGAGUAUGGAGACGUCAGUCGAUAAAUUGAAUGAGUCGGUUGAAAAGCUGGAAGAGACCAUUCUCAGAUGCCUUGGAUCACAAGUAUAACUCGAUGGAUAACCUGGUGGAACAAGCCAGAAAUAUACUGGGCAAGAUGGAGGAGCGCUUAGAUGAGUAGCAUAUUACCUGAUUAAGCAUAAGGGAUAAUAUAUACGGAUUUUGGGAUAUUUUAUAGCUAGCAUGUGAUCCAUCGACCAGGAAAAAAAUAUACUAUAUGCACUUGAUUAUUUUCUGCUACCCGUGUGAGGUAGUGAGGUACGUGGAUGGGACCAGAUGAUUAGAUUGCUUCAUUUUACGUGAUUACA